AUGGACCGGCAGUGUGCCUUAAUUCUCAUGUAUGGAAUAUAUUUUUUCUACGUGAUGGCCUGUUUCGGGGCGAUAUCGACAUUCGCAGGCCUCAUGCUCCGGGUGUCGAAUAAGCAGCCGGGCUCCUACGACAAGGGAAAAAUCAUCUCAGGCAUCGGUAUCGGUACAUGCUGCACAUGUUUCCUGAUAGCGUUCUACUGCCGUUCGGUGAAAUUGGACGAUAAAAUAUUCGAGAGUAUCAAAGAAACGGCGCCGAUCGUCGAAAUCGAUGACCUCAUUCUACAGAGGGUCGGCUCUGCGUACUACUACAAUCCACAGCCCUCGGUUGAGAGGCGUCCGACAAUCUCGUCCACGAGUCAAAAAUGCAGCUGGUGGCAGAUGCGGCACGGCGAUGCAGAUGAAAUUUCAAUUUAUUCUGCCGGUGGAGGGACCCGACCAGGCUCAGCGGCGUCUUCGAUAAUCGGUCAGGGCUCACACGCCUACCAUCCCCAUAUUAUCAUUCCAAGAGGCUUUCAUCACGCGGAAUACAUUCCUGCGUCGGAUAUGGGCUCAUCGAAUCAUUCGAGUCCGCUCCACUGUCCAUCGUCCGGACCGCAGACCCCGUUAUCGUUCACUUCGAUAGACAUCCCAGAAGAACCCGGAGAAGUAGAUUUGGAGCGGCCUUCGACCAGCAGGCUAUCAGUGGGCUAGUCUGCAAUAGUCUGACCCGUCGGAUUCAAACCCGCUCGACCCCAUGUGGAACACAUAAUCCGUCGGUGACGGACGCGCCUCGCUCUCUGCUUGUCAAAGGAUAGAAAUCAAUGAGCCCAGAGACCACCCUUUGCUUCCACCGAUGCUGACG